CCCCAGAACUUUCGUCCCUGCUGCCCUUUUUUGGUACUUUUGUGUAAAAGUGUAAGAGUGUACUUGUAUUGGUGCAAGUAUAAAAAUUUAUACACAAUAUCAUGAAUAAUGCCACCUUCAUCCGGGGUGGCACUGCUAGCUGAGACUCCCAAUUUUCAGCAGUGCUGCAAGUCUUCUUGAUAAUGUGGUCUUCGGUUAAAUGGAUGUGCCAAGCAGUUUUAAAGAGUGUUACGUAUGUUUGUCUGUGGUUGAACGCUAACUAAAUGCUAAUCCAUUUCAGCUUGAAGCUCAAUCAAACCCCAACACAAACGAGUUUGCUAUAGGACAGUCCGAAUCGUCUCCGCUCCGGCAACACUAACCUCUCCGGAGAUUAGUAACGCGAAAUUUGGCCAUUUUCACCCCCUCCCUCCCCCACGCAACAACUUUAGUAUGGGAAAUUUUUAAAUUUUGUAUGGAGCGUAACACAGCUCUAGACCCCCUCCCUCCCCCUUUAGCGUUACGUAACAUUUGAACGAACCCAUGUUGGAAAAUGCAAGGUAAUGGGUAGUACGGUCAUCGCCUAUCUCGAUGCGUGGGAAAUUCAGGAAAGGAAUCGCUCAAGAAGUAAUAAAGUGUCGCUUUAUUCCGGAUCCUAGUACGGAGCUGAAACGAAAUGUCAAAUCAAAUGGGGCUUGCUGUGUUAAAUUUCUUGACCAUUCCGUUCACGGAAAAAUAUUGCACUGAACGAAAAUUACUUGAGCGAUUCCGUUUGAAGUGCAUACCUCACAUAAGUUAUGCAAUAGACAUUCUGAAGACCAGCUUGGGAAACCCCGGAAAGCCACUUGUUAUGCUUGCUUCGAUUUCCUGUGGUGUUUGGAUUUUACGGGUGACUCACCACAGCUGCGGUCAUUCACUUAUUCGAGAUUCGAUAAACAGUGCGUAAAUUUGGCUCAACACGUUCGGAUUCUUCGAUCAGCUUAUAGUUGCUUUCUGAUUGAGAGACUGGUACGAUCGCUAGGAGCUAGGAAGAUGUGCAAAUUAGUGUGUUUUAUAGUGUUGAACUUGCUAGGUUUGCCGGAGUUUACCUUACCUCAGGCAACGUAUCAAUGUGGCAUCAGGCAGCACGGAGUCAUUCAUCUGGUCGGUAGGGGUUCGCAAGUGGAAGAGGGCCAUUGGCCAUGGCACGUGGCCGUGUAUCAGAGGCUGAAAGGUGACGAUCCGUUCGAGUACGGCUGUGGAGGAACUUUGGUCAACGAGAGGCACGUCCUGACGGCAGCUCAUUGUGUAGUUAGGCGGACAGCUCGCAAUCAGUUACCCGCAAUUAUGUACGAGAUCGAGCUCCAUUUAGGGCAGCACGAACUGUCGAAGGUAACCGAUAGUGUUACCAUUCGAGACGUCAGUAAGGCGCACGUUCAUCCGGAAUAUGCACCAAAUAGGAAUGAUAUCGCUGUGCUAGAAAUGCGAUUGCCAGUGGAAUACUCCGACACCGUGAUUCCGAUCUGUCUAGACCAAAAGGUGGACCGUGAUCUACGAGAUUUGGAAAAUGAGUCCGGCUGGAUCACAGGCUGGGGAAAGACAGAGAAUGGAAACCUUUCGAAUGUUCUUCGGACGGCGUCGAUGCCCGUGGUCGGUUAUAUGAAAUGCCUGAAGGACGAUCCGGUAUUCUAUGGGCAUAUUUUGAAUGAAAGUGUAUUCUGCGCUGGAAACAAAAAUGAAACCAGCCCUGGACCGGGAGACAGUGGCGGUGGAAUGUACAUCAGUGAUGGCGAUCGUUGGAUACUUAUAGGAAUCAUUUCGCUCGGAAAGUAUAACGAGUUAAGGCAAGAAGUGAACUUCUUCAAGUAUAUUGUGUUUGUCAACGUUCUACAUCACUUGACUUGGAUGAAGGAAGUUUUUGCCGAGAGUGACCCACCUCGCAAGGACAGAAGGCAGAAGCGGAUCAGCGAGCAAGAAUGUGAAAGAUUUCAAAGUUUGGCAAUAAAACAUAGCAACGGUGAUUGCGUCAAUAACAGAUACCGGCACGAUGUGUUGAUAUAUGGCGCUGUCGAUAACUUGGUAUGCAAUGGUGUUUUGGUAGAGGAAAACCACGUAAUAACAACUUGCAGCUGUUUUCGGAAAUUCAUUUUGGAGUAUCGGAAUGCAGUAGUAGUGAUCGACGCAUAUGGAAGUGUGGAUAUUUUGGAAAUGUUCUGUCAUCCAAAAUACAUCGGCUACGAGAAACCCUACGAUAUAGCUGUUAUAAAGUUGAAAGCAAGUGCUUCUCUCAGUUACACCCUGAUUCCUGCGUGUUUGGCAAGUAAUUGGACUGAAAAUCUAUACGACAUUCUCGUACAGACUUUGUUUGUCAGUAAACCGAUCGGUAAAAAUAUGACGCUUAUCAAAUCGGCAAACAACAGACUCACGUUGGAAAAGGAAUGCACAAUUGGAGAUAAAGCUGAGCAUCCAUACGAACAUAUAUUCAACAGGUCUGUUCGAACCGGGGAACUAUGCGUUAACAGUUCUGAUCAUACGUUGUACAAAACUUACUCUAAAUUAAUUGAAAAAGCAUCAUCUGGCGCCGUACUACAGACGUUCAACAGGCGAUCUUGCAUGUCCACAUUAGUUGGACUCCGGGUUCGUAAUAUCAAAAAGAAUGAAUUGCCUGGUCUAUCAUGGGUUGAUACAUACACACGAAUUUCCUCCUAUUUGGACUGGAUUGAGCAGAGCAUUUGGAAUGUACAAUCGAAAGGUUUCGUUUUGAAAAUUGUUCUACUGUUUUCAGCAGACAUACAGCUGCCCAUGUUAGGAUCAAAACCCAGGAACAAGACAUACGCCGAAUUCCGUUUUCAAAAUAAUGUUACAAUUCUGCACUGGUGUUCGAAAUCCAGUGCAUUCGAAUCGAGAUGCAGUGGCACCGUUAUCAGCGUGAAGCACGUUCUGACAGCGGCACAGUGCGUCGUGAAUCACACCAUCGGUAAACCAUUGGCAGCGGAUGCAUUUCAACUACAUUUCGGUGAGUACCGCACAGUAAACGAGUAUAUACGAUACGUCAGCGAAGUUCAUGUUCAUCCGGAGUACUCGGUUAACGAUAUCGCCAUACUGGUAACCAGCUGGCCGGUCAGAAAAACACAAUAUGCGGCACACACCAGUUUUAUGAACAGCACAGAUUAUAUGUAUUCUGUAACUGCCGAAGUGUCCUUCAAUGGGUGGAGUUUAGGGAAGACAGGCAUCCAAAAGAAUCAAUCCGUAAUCUACUUUACCGAGGGGAAAUUAAGACAAGUAUGUGUUGGAAAGGCGUCUACCUGUUUGAACAUCUUUAUUUUGGACCGCCAGGAAUGUUUGGAAAUCGGGCUGAGGCUCUUGCCAAACCAGUAUUGCGCCGGUUAUCCUAAUGAGGAAGUGCGUAUCACUGCUGACCAUGGCUCUGGAAUGCGGUUGUUUAUCAAUUCUACGUGGGUUUUGGCAGGAGUUGUAUCAUCAGAAAUGAAAGGCCAUGAUAACAAAACCUACACAAUUCUUACGAACGCUCAACCGUAUAUUUCGUGGAUCGAUGGGAUCAUGUCUAGCGGAACAACCGGAAAAACAAAAAGAAUCAGCGAGAGAGAAUGCGAACGUUUUAGCAGCCAUACAAAAAAACAAAGAGGAGCUUGUUGGAAUUUAUUUGGACAUAUUGUCAGACUUUACGGUGCUUUUCGGAGAUUUGUUUGCCUUGGUGUACUUGUGAAGGAGAAUCGAAUAUUGACUUCUUGUCAAUGCAUACGGGGACCGAACCGACCGUCAAGAGCAAAACUUCAGAAUGCCACAUUGGUGGAUAUUUCAAAAAUGGUUUGCCAUCCGGACUACAACUCCACCAGUUUUCAGCACGAUGUGGCAGUUCUUGCCCUAGCGACACCGGUCGUUCCGGAGUCCGUGGAGAUUGCCUGCUUGGCGAACGUCGGUACAGAACAUCUCCAGAACGCCGUGGUACAAACCGCGUCCUUUCAAAAAUCCAUGUGUGAGUAUUUUAGGUCAAUAAUUUUACGGUAACUUGUAUUUAUUCCAAUUUCAGGGACAUCAACCGACUAUAGAGCCUCAUAUGAGUACUUCGGUACAGAGGAAGAAUGCUAUGAAGCAUUGCAACCACGUUAUAAUGACACUUUCUUGAAGCCUGGUCGAACUUGUGUGAUCAACGACCAAUUUAAAAAGGCCAAAUUUAGCGGAAGUUUUUUCCAUUCCAUCGACAACCGAGACUGUACUUUCACAGUGAUCGCAGUUGGAAGCUUUGCCGUACACAAUCCCGACAUCGUUCCUGGAUGGGCCGAUACGAAGAUCAACAUUGGGAUUGUGCAUCGCGUUGCCUACUAUCUGGACUGGAUCGAGCAGGCCGUCUGGGAGGAAGAGUUCGCGAUAAAGCACAAGUGGAAGUUAGUAAAUAAGGCGAGAAACAUUCAAGGGAAUGCCUUGAGCUUCACUGUGUUAUUUUUGGGCGUUCGACUUUUGGCGUAUUCCUAUUAAGCUACACGAGUUUUUUUGGGUCUCCAGUUAGCGUAGUGGUUAAGGCUAUGGAUCGCCAUUCCGGAGACGGCGGGUUCGAUUCCCGUUCCAGUCGGGAAAAUUUUCUCGAUUCCCUGGGCAUAGCGUAUCAUUGUACUUGCCUCACAAUAUACAAAUUCAUGCAAUGACAGGCAAAGAAAGCCCUUCAACUAAUAACUGUGGAAGUGCUUAAAGAACACUAAGUUGAAGCAAGGCAGGCCAAGUCCCAGUGGGGAC